AUGUUGGAGGAGGACAUGGAAGUGGCCAUCAAGGUGGUGGUGGUGGGCAACGGUGCGGUGGGGAAGUCCAGCAUGAUCCAGCGUUACUGCAAGGGCAUCUUCACCAAGGACUACAAGAAGACCAUCGGUGUUGACUUCCUGGAGAGACAGCUACUAGUGAAUGAUGAAGAUGUGAGAUUGAUGUUGUGGGACACGGCAGGGCAGGAAGAGUUUGACGCCAUCACCAAGGCAUACUACCGCGGUGCCCAGGCGUGUGUACUGGUCUUCUCCACCACCGACAGGGAGUCGUUUGAGGCCAUCGGCAGCUGGUGGGAGAAGGUGGAGAUAGAGGUGGGAGACAUCCCCACUGUCCUGGUGCAGAACAAGAUUGACCUACUGGAUGACACGGUGAUCAAAAAUGAGGAGGCAGAAGGUCUGGCCAAGAAGCUCAGGUUGAGGUUUUACCGAACCUCCGUAAAGGAGGACCUCAAUGUCAAUGAAGUUUUUAAAUACCUAGCAGAUAAGUAUCUGCAGCGACUGAAGCGGCAAACAGCAGAAGAGCCUGAGGUAGUCCAUACAACUAGCAAUAAAAUUGGAGUUUUCAACACCACAAGUAGUAACUUAUCUAGUCAGAACUCCAGCAACGGCCUAGAAGUCAUCAGCUUGCGACCCAACAAACAGAGGACAAAGAAAAGCAAAAACCCCUUUGGUAGCUGCAGCCUUCUUUAGAAUCAAUCCAUUCCCUACAAUAAUGUACGAUUUGACUGCCAUGUGUGAGUGUAAGAGUCUAUACAUUUGAGCAUAACCUACAGGUAUAGGUCUUAAUUUGAUCCCUCUUUUGUUGCUGAGAAUUUCCCUGCAAAUGACCUUCAUGAUGGACAUAAAUUCACAAAAUCUGCACUUAUAACACAGUUAUAUUAACAGUAUUGCACUUCAUGUAGCCUCAUUUUGGCCAGCUAAUAGUCUAACCACAGAACAAGCAACACUAAAAGUUAAAAUCCUGUUGCUGCAGGAUUAUUUUUGCUCUGACAAUAUUGGUCAAAUGAAGAUCCAACAUCUGUAAAUCUAAUAUGCACCUGAGUAUUGUGACUACCAUGCCUUUGAGCAUCUUUACAGAUCAAGUGCAGCCUUUGUUUCUCAUGGAUAGAUGUAUGAAAUAUAAAGCGAAAGUAACAAUAGUCG